AUGAGUGUAUCUGACUUAUUUUCUAAGAAAAAGUUAGUUAAAGUUUGUGCACCUAUGGUAAGGUAUAGUAAGUUGGAGUUUCGCAGCUUAGUACGACAAUACGAUUGCGAUCUGUGCUUUACUCCAAUGAUAAUGGCUGAUUCAUUUAUUAAAUCUGAAAAAGCCAGGAUCAACGAAUUCACUACUAGUUCUAACGAUUCUCCCGUAAUUGUUCAGUUUGCGGCAAAUAAUACAUUUGAUUUCAGUGAAGCUGCAAAAUUAGUGUUUCCUUUUAGUGAUGGAGUAGAUUUAAACUGUGGGUGUCCUCAACGUUGGGCUAUGAAAAUAGGAAUAGGUGCUCAAUUACUGUCAGAGCCAGAAACUAUCAAAGAUAUUGUGUUAAAUGUCAAAAAUCAAAUUUCUUGUAAUUAUAGUGUUUCUGUUAAAUUAAGACUAUUGAAUGACAUUAAAUCAACAGUUGAUUUGUGCAAAAAAUUAGAAAAAACUGGAGUUACAUUUCUUACUAUCCAUGGAAGAACGAAAGAGCAAAGAUCUGAACCUGUAAAUAUUGCAGCAAUAAAAGACAUUGUUGAUAGUGUACAAAUUCCAAUAAUUGCUAAUGGAGAUGUUAAAACCUUACAAGAUGCACAAUUAUUACAGCAAUUAACUGGUUGUCAGGGUGUGAUGUCAGCCAGAGGUCUUCUUCAAAAUCCCUCAUUGUUCCAAGGCUAUAAUGAAACACCUUUAGAGUGUGUAAAAAAAUGGGUGGACAUAUCAUUAAAUUCAAAUAUUCAUUUUACAACAUUUCAUCAUCAUUUAGUUUUUAUGCUUGAAAAAAUUCUUCCCAAAAAAAUCAGAAGAAAAUUUAAUUGUUUAAAUAAUUAUGAAGAUCCAUUUAAAUUAUAUGAAGUAAAUAAUUCAAUUAAUUAUGAUAUUAACAAAUUCAUUUUUUCUAAAAAAAGUGACAAUUACAUUUCUAAAGAUGAAAUACUAUUCGAUAUUUCAAAUUUGUACUUGUAG